AUGGAGACCUGGUUUUGGAUUCUUGGAUGGGUUCUUUCGUUUCUUGCCAUCACUGGAAAUGGAUUUAUAAUCUUCUUCGACUGCAGCAGACGAAAUCUCCGCACCAAAACCAACGCGUUUAUUGUUUCACUUGCAGUAGCGGAUUUCUGUGUUGGUUUGAGCGUUAUUCCUUCUCUUUUAGCUUGCGACGUUACAAGCACCUGUUACUGGCCUCAGGCUUUUCCUUCAUGGAAAGAUGUCGUAAGGUGGCUGUUUAGCUACUUGUCUGUUUUAAACUUGUGUUCUCUGGUGCUCGACCGUUAUAGCCAUCGUAAAGACUUUUGA